UUGACUUCACUUCUCUUUUUAGUUUUCCCUAUUCAUUUCAUUCUUUCUGCAAAGACGAAUGCAGCAUCAUCUAUUAAGUUACCGUUGCUAUUAUUAAAACUAAAAUGCGCGUUCCUUUGUUGGUGGCUUUGGCCGCAAUGGCGGUCACAGUUACGGUGGUAUACGGCGGUUUUCCGGGGAGUUAUCUUUCCCUUGAACGAACCAUCCCUCUUAACCACCAAGUUGAACUCACCACUCUCAAAGCUCGCGACAGAGCUCGUCACGGCGGUCGAAUCUUGCAAGACGGCGGUGGUGGUAUUCUUGACUUCUCAGUCCAAGGAACCUCCGAUCCUUACUUAGUUGGGUUGUAUUUUACUAAAGUGAAGAUGGGUUCUCCUGCUAAAGAAUUUUACGUUCAGAUUGAUACUGGAAGUGAUAUAUUAUGGCUUAAUUGCAAUACUUGCAAUAAUUGCCCCAAAUCUAGUGGUUUAGGGAUUGAUCUCAAUUACUUUGACACCGCGAGUUCAUCCACUGCUGCGCUGGUUUCCUGCUCUGAUCCGGUGUGUUCUUAUGCGGUUCAAACGGCUACAAGUCAGUGCUCUUCUCAGGCUAAUCAGUGCAGCUACACUUUUCAGUAUGGGGAUGGAAGUGGGACGUCCGGUUAUUAUGUUUAUGAUGCUAUGUAUUUUGAUGUGAUCAUGGGACAGUCUGUGUUUUCUAACUCUUCAUCUACCGUUGUUUUUGGGUGUAGCACCUAUCAGUCUGGGGAUUUGGCUCGGACAGAAAAGGCAGUUGAUGGAAUUUUUGGGUUUGGUCCCGGUGCUUUGUCUGUUGUAUCACAAGUGUCAUCACAAGGCAUGGCACCCAAAGUGUUCUCUCAUUGCUUAAAGGGACAGGGCAGUGGAGGAGGCAUACUGGUUCUUGGUGAAAUUUUGGAGCCAAAUAUUGUUUAUACUCCACUUGUCCCAUUACAGCCUCAUUAUAAUUUAAAUCUUCAAAGCAUUGCAGUCAAUGGACAAAUUCUCCCAAUCGAUCAAGAUGUAUUUGCAACAGGUAACAAUCGAGGAACUAUAGUUGAUUCCGGUACUACAUUGGCAUACCUUGUUCAAGAAGCUUAUGAUCCUUUUCUCAAUGCUAUAACUACCACUGUGUCACAAUUUUCCAAACCCAUUAUUUCCAAAGGAAACCAGUGUUAUCUGGUCCCAACCAGCCUAGGUGAUAUAUUCCCUCUAGUCAGUUUAAAUUUCAUGGGUGGAGCAUCCAUGGUUUUAAAACCAGAACAGUAUCUUAUACAUUAUGGUUUCCUGGAUGGUGCUGCAAUGUGGUGCAUUGGUUUCCAAAAAGUGCAGAAGGGAUACACAAUUUUAGGAGAUCUUGUUCUCAAAGAUAAGAUUUUUGUAUACGAUUUAGCUAAUCAACGAAUUGGAUGGACCGACUAUGAUUGUUCCUUGGCUGUAAAUGUCUCUGUGGCUACGAGCAAGAGUAAGGAUGCAUACCUCAGUGCAGGACAGAUGAGUGUUAGCUCCUCACACGUCAGCAUUCUCUCCAAGUUGCAACUUGUAAGGAUUGUGGCUUUUCUUGUGCAUAUAAUAGUUUUCAUGGAGCCCCAGUUUUUGUAGAUGAUGUUCAAGAGUCAAAAGCUCAUUCUUUGGAAAACAUACUGGGGUCAGUCGAUGUUUAUUUAUUGUCGGCAUACCCUUCAUAUUUAGAAACGGGAGUUAGUUGCUGUUUUCUUCCCUACAUUUGAUCAUAUUGCAAAUCUUUCUCCAAUUAGUAUGUGGAAACUGCAGAUCUCACUGUAAAAGGGCUCUGUUGUUGAGAAAUGGCAAAUUUGUAUACUGAUAUACUUCUGAAGUUGAUGGAAAUUAUACUAUAUAUAUAAAGUUUACCAGAGCCCACUUCCACUCUACCAACCAAUGUUGUGUUGUAACUGUAACUCUGGUAGUUAGUGACAGUUAAAGAAGUUAGUUAUGAAUGUUAUAUGUAUACUGGCUCUUGGACCAUCUGAUGUCAGACUAUAAACAAAAUGUAUAUCAUUGUGAUCAAUACAAUUCAUCUUUAGUCUUUAUUA